GUGGGACCAGUUUGAACAAGUGACUGCCAUGGCGCUGAAAAAAGUCAGAGAUCCUGGUGGAAAAGCUUUGGUUCUGCUCGAGAUCACCGUGGCCCACAUACUGAAGGACCAGCUCGAAAUUGCAACUCGAUACAUGGAAGAAGUUACCAGUUUGGUGUCAACCACGCAGACUCCUCCGCAUGUACUACUGGUCUACCUUUAUCUCAAGUCUGCCCUUGCAAGGCAGAGAUCAGAGCAUAUGGAAGCCACAGAAUCGGUUUUCUUUGCAAAACAGCUCAUCGCAACGGUUCAACCGGGGCGGUACACGGGGUCAGUGAACUAUCAUGCCGCCCUGUUCUUGCUCAAGAAGAAUUGGAAAGAAAUGGACGAACAAGUCUUCUUAGAGGCCAAGCAAAACCUGGUGCUGGCGAUUGACCAUUACGAGCGGGGUAUUUCAGAUGAAAUGUACGGAGCUUCGUGUUUGAAGAAACAACAGAGGGCGUUCAUUCGACUGGCUCUGCUGUUGCUGAACUGGAAGGGCCCCAUGGGCGUUCCAACCCAGGAAAACCUGACGGCGGCUAAAAACUGUUUGGACCGGGUCGAGCGCAGAUUUCUGUACUGGGCAAGUAACCGUCUAAGGUGUUACUUCUACCUGGCAAAGUCUGACCUGUAUUACAGAGAGGAGAACAUCCCAGGUGCUAUCGCCUGCGCAGAGAUAAGUCUUGAUAUCUCUAGGCAGUCAAACUAUCCGCCUGAAGUUGGCUUGGCUAAGGAAAGACUGUGUUUCCUUCGCUCCCUUGGCCUUGCAUUUUCACCAGUUUAGAGA